AUGCCGAUGGCGCCCGCCCGAGCAGCCCUCCUCGCCUUCCUCGUGGCCGCGCUGCUCCCGCUCGCCCUGUCCCGGGGGCAGGGGCGUGGCCCGCACCUGCCGGGGCACGGCCUGGUCCACCGUCACGGGCCUGGCAUCGGUCACCACGCCCACGCGCCGCUCGGCGGUGGCGCCUGGGCCUCCGCGCACGCCACCUUCUACGGAGGCGGUGACGCCUCCGGCACCAUGGGUGGGGCGUGCGGCUACGGGAACCUCUACAGCACGGGGUACGGCUCCAACACGGCGGCCCUGAGCACGGCACUCUUCAACAACGGCCUCAGCUGCGGGGCCUGCUUCGAGGUGCGGUGCGACCCCGGCGGCACCGAGGCCGGCGCGCCGCACGCCUGCCUCCCCGGCUCCACCGUGGUGACCGCCACCAACUUCUGCCCGCCCAACUUCGCCGAGUACUCCGACGCCGGCGGCUGGUGCAACCCUCCCCGCGCCCACUUCGACAUGUCCCAGCCCGUCUUCCAGCGCAUCGCGCUCUACCGGGCCGGCAUUGUCCCCGUCUCCUACCGCAGGGUGGCGUGCCAGAAGAAGGGCGGCAUCCGGUUCACCAUCAACGGCCACUCCUACUUCAACCUGGUGCUCGUCACCAACGUGGGCGGCCCCGGCGACGUGCACGCGGUGUCCGUCAAGUCCACGCGCUCGGGGUGGCAGUCGCUCUCCCGCAACUGGGGGCAGAACUGGCAGAGCAACGCGCUGCUCGACGGGCAGGGCCUCUCCUUCCGCGUCACGGCCGGCAACGGCCAGUCCGUCGUCUCCAACAACGCCGUGCCGCGCGGCUGGUCCUUCGGCCAGACCUUCAGCGGCGCCCAGUUUCACUGA